AUGAGACCGAACAGGAUUUCCCGCCAUUGUAAAAGAUGUAUUCGGGUUGCGCUAAAAUCGUUAAACCAGCGGGCGAAAAGCCCGACAACUUCGAGUCGCAGAUCUCACAGGCUCUUCUUGAAACUGUACAUUAGUGGAGCCAAGGAAAUUGAUAUCCAUGGAAAGAGAGCUAUCAUCAUCUUUGUUCCUGUGCCUCAAUUGAGAGCAUACCAGAAAAUUCAAAUCCGUUUAGUAAGAGAGUUAGAAAAGAAAUUCAGUGGCAGACACGUUGUUUUCAUUGCCCAAAGAAGGAUCUUGCCUAAGCCCAAUAGGAAAAUCAAGAACAAGCAAAAGCAGAAAAGACCUAUAAGCCGGACUUUAACUUCAGUUCAUGAGGCAAUUUUGGAGGAUUUGUGUUUCCCUGCUGAAAUUGUAGGCAAAAGGAUCAGAAUCAAGGCAGAUGGCUCCAAGCUGAUUAAGGUGCAUUUGGACAAAAAUCAGCAAACCAAUAUUGAACACAAGCUGGAAGUCUUCAGAGGUGUGUACAAAAGGCUGACAGGCAAAGAUGUUGUCUUUGAAUUCCCUGAUUAUGUUCUGUAA